AUGCAGUCCAUGCAUAGACAAUUCGGAAAGCUCAUGAACAAGAGCCCUGGUGACAAUGCCAAAAUCGCCGCAAUUCUUCACGACUACGAAGACGCAGACAAUCUGCUGGGGAAGAUCAUCGAAAAUACCAAGCAGCUUCGUGACUCUUGGGUAACUGUCGGAACUACUCAGUGGGCCAUCGUCAAGGAAUACGAAGGGUUGUACGAUCCCAUUGUCGGUGCCACCGAAGGUCAUGGCCGACCUAGCAUUGCUACCCCUCAACAGCAACUCGACCGAACUUUCAAGCUCCGUGAAGCUUACUCUGAUCUCAAAGACGAGUUGAUCGAAGAAGUCGCAGCCAUUGACGCCCAAGUCAUCCGUCCUGCUACCGAGGCCCGCGACUAUCUGCAACCCAUCCGGAAGACCAUUAAGAAGCGUGAGAACAAGAGGCUUGACUAUGAAAAGGCAGAGGACAAGGUGAAGAAGCUACAGAAGAAGACUGGAAGAACGCCCAAGGAGGAUGCAGCGCUGUCCAAGGCAGAGUUCGACAUGUCUUGUGCUUCGGAGGAGUUCAGUGUCGCAGAUACCCACCUUCGCGAAGCUCUCCCGCCCAUUGUCGAAGCCACUUUCACAUUGAUCCCCCACCUUCUGGCAUCCCAUGUUUGCAUACAGAACAGGCUUCUUGGCUUGUACUACACAGUACUGCACAAUUACUGUGAGGACCACGAGUUUCCAUCUCCACCGCCUCCAAUGGAGCAGGUGGUUUCGACGUGGUCCUCUGCGUUCAUGCCCAUUAGAAAGGAAGUAGAAUCCAUAAGCUGCAUGGCCCACGGCAGGGCCUGGCGUCAACCCAACCCAACCUCGUCAGCUCGGAGUCCUUACUCGCGGACCCCAUCAGGCAUGACGUCGAGCAGCGAGGCCACCACCCCCACACCUCGAAUUGUGCGAAUUCCUUCAUCUAAUUCGGUUGGGCGGCCUGCGCCCCCUCGCGACCCGUCUCCUCAGCCGAGUCCCCAGCCAAGGAGCACAAGUGCAUCCCGCGUUCAGCUCGGCUUGCCAACUGACUUCACAACGGCCACAGCACUUGGAAGCCCUCAAGGUGCCUCUCGAGUAUCACCGGCAUAUACGACUUCCAAAUCAGAACACUUUGGUCACCAGUCAGGGAUUUCGGCAGGCAAUGGUAGCAUCGUUGCAGGCAAGAAGAAACCACCGCCACCGCCGCCGGCUAAGCGUGUUCAGGUGCCCGAUGAGUUCGUAGUGGCACAGUAUGAUUUUGCCGGUGGCCAGGGCGACUUGAGUUUUAGGGAAGGGGAUAGGAUAAAAAUUGUCAAGAAGACGCAGACCGACCAAGAUUGGUGGAUUGGGGAACUUGGGGGGAUUAAGGGCAGCUUUCCUGCCAACUACUGCAAGACGGCUUGA